AUGUCAAACGAUCUUGAUUAUUUUCCUCGUGGAGCAUCAACAGCACAAGACGAGACUAAAUCGGAAAAAUCUCGAAUUAAUCGCGUUGAUCGUGACGAUUUAUUUGUUGGGACAUCAUCGAAACGAAAACGUUCGAAUUAUGAUUCACAAAAACUCAAAGUAGAACAAAACAAAAAAAAGAAGAAGUCAAUUGAUGGCGAAGAUCGUCAAGAAACAUCAUAUAGACGAUUACAUAAACAAAAUCUUACUGAUGGUGUUCUUAUGUGUGGUUGCAUUGAAAAAAUUUCUCCAUAUGAAUUACGUGUGAGUUUGCCACAUCAAAGUAUUGGUUAUAUUCCAAUAACAAUGAUCUCUGAUGAAUAUACUAAAUUAAUGCAAAAGAAAAUGUCAUCAAUGUCAACGAGCAAUGAAGAUGAUUUAGAUAAUCUAUUUCAUAUCGGUCAAUAUGUUAUUUGUCGUGUUAUUCAAAAUGAACCGGCAAACGAAAAUGACAAACCGAAUCAAAAGAAACGUUUACAUCUUUCAAUUAAUCCAAAGGAUGUUUGUGAUCAAAUCGCACCUGAUAAUCUUGUUAAAGGAAUGAUUUUACCUGGUGUUGUAUCAAGUAUUGCCGAUCAUGGUUUUAUUAUUGAUAUUGGAUUUUCACACAGACAAGGUUUUUUACUAAAUGAUAAACGUUUAAAUACAGAACCAUUAAAAGUUGGAUUUCAUGGUUUAUUUCAAAUAAAGGAAACAUCAUCAACGAACUCUCGUAUUAUUCCAUUGAAGAUGCUUGAUAAUAAGAAAACACGAUCAGCAAUGCCACCAACAAAAUUACCUUUUCAUAUGCUUUUACCUGGUCUUAAAUGCAAAGUGACUGUGAAUAAAACUCGUGUCAAUGGUCUUGAAGUAUCAUUCGGUGAAGUUAAAGGAUUCAUUCAUUUGCAAGAUUUGGAAACAUUAAAAACUCCAAUCGAAGAUUUUUCUUCUGAACAAGAACUUGAAGCAAUCAUUGUAUCAAUUGAUCCAACAACAAAAUUAAUUCAUUUUUCAAUGCAAACACAUUUACUAUCAUUAAAUACGCCACCACCCAUACUUGAAAUUAAUAAUAACGAUCAAACAACAGCAGUAGUUGGUUCUAUUCAAAACUGUGUUGUUAUUCGUAAUAUUGGAUCAUCAAUUGCUAUUCGAAUUCCAUCAUUGAGUCAAUAUGGAACCAUCUCAGCAGUUCAUUUAACCGAUGACAAAUAUGAUGAUCUUCAACAAGUGUUAGAUUCAUUCAAACCCGGUCAAAAACUUCAAUGCCGAAUAAUCGGAAUUUCGCUAGCAAGUAAUUUAGCAAUAUGUACUUUCAAAAAGAGUAUUAUGGAAGCACCUUUUAUUAAUUAUUCUAACAUUGAAAUUGGCAGUUUAGUUAAGGGUUCUAUAAAUCAUGUUGAUCAACAUGGUUUAAUUAUAAAUUUAACAAAAUAUGUCAAUGGUUUUGUACCAAUUAUUCAUAAUGCUGACAUACCAAUAAAAGAAGCGUUAAAUAAAUUUGCAUUAAAGAAACAAGUGCAAUGCCGAGUUUUACAAGUUGAUCCAUCACGUCAACGACUUAUAUUAACAAUGAAAAAAUCUUUAAUAAAUACAAAAAUACCAAUAGUUUAUUCAUAUAAUGAUUUACAAGCAAAUCUUAUUACCAUUGGUGUUAUUAUAUCAAUUCAAGAUUAUGGUUUACUUGUUAAAUUAUUUGGAGAUCUAUGUGGUCUAGUACCAAAAACUGAAAUAGGACAAUUACAAACAUUGGGAAAUACAAAUAUUAAAAGUCAAUUGCAACAAAUGUUUUACGUCGGACAAACUGUAUCGUGUAAAGUAAUGAAUUUCGAUGAAGAACACAAGAAAAUUACAUUGAGCUUGAAAGUUCCUGGAAAAAUGACUUUCGGUAGUAAAUUGGCACCGGUACCUGCUGAUUUCUCAAUUGGAAAAGUUAUUCAAUGGACAGUAACUGAAUGUGAAAGUAAUGAACAUUUAAUUGCUAAUGUUAUUACAGAACGUCGACGAAAACCAAUAACAGUAACAUUAACACGAAAUCAUACAUCAGAUUUUGUUGAACAUCAAUCUCUAUUAAUGCAUCUUGAUUUAUCAUCGAAAAAAGAUCAACAACGUGAUGGUAUCUAUUGGUCUCAUUUAUCUUAUAUAAAUAUUUCGAUGAGAAAAAUCCUAAUCGAAUUUUGUCGACGAUCAACUCUUCCACAAAAGUUCGACGAUUGCAUUGUUGGAUCCAUUGUUCCGGGUGUUAUUCAAAAUAUUUUUGAAUAUGGCCUUUUUAUUGAUUUACCAAAUAGUAUUAUCGCUUUUGCUCCACAUAAACAUUUGGAUUUACAUGGUUCAUUGGAAAGCAUAGAAAAAAAAUAUCGAAUAGGUCAAACAGUAUUCGUUCGAAUCUUACAAUUAGACGAAGGAAAACAACGUUGCAUUGUUUCACUUAAAUCACUAAUGUAUGAUGGUGAAAUAGCAGAAUUAAAUCAAACUGAUUAUGUAUUAAAAUGUUAUCUGGAUGAAAAAUAUCAAUUAAUUCAAGAUAUGACACAAAACGGAACAGGUCCACUAUCGAAAUUUUUUCAAGAAACCAAAACAUGGAUUGGUUUUAAAUGUCGAUGUGUAAUUGAAAAACGUGUUGAUGAUUGGUUUGUUGGUCGACUGGAAAAUGGUCUGCCAGCUACUUUGCCAUAUGAUGCACAUUAUUCAAUUGGAGAUUCCAUUGAAGGUUAUAUCAUAGAUUUUAAUCUACCAGCACAACAAUUCAUCAUUACAAUGGAUCUAAAAAAGCCAAUUAAAUAUUCAACAAAUUCUUCUCAAACAUUUACUCAAUGUACUAUUCUUUGUCAAUUACCAUCCUAUGCAUUGGCAAUAACUCAAGAUUCCAAUCAACUUGUUCAUUUGCCAACAUUUUCUGAUUUGAAUUCUUUCUAUUCAAUUUCAUCAACAGCUUCCUACAAACGUACACAACAAAUAGACAUAACACCAAUCAAACCUUAUAGAUCGGAAGAAUUUCAUUAUUUCAUUGUUCCAUUUCAACAGAAAAAAUCUUCAAUUCAAAAUUACCAAUCUAAUGAAACCGUACCGGUAACUAUAAUUGAUGUUUUACCAAAACAAUUAAAUGUUAAAUUAAAUGAUGGUUCUCGUGGUCGUAUUCAUAUAACAGAAUUAUUCGAUAAUCCAUCAACAGAAAAUUUGCAAAAGUUAAAUGAUCUUUAUCAUGCAAAUGAAACAUUAAAUGCACGAAUUAUUGGCACACGAAAUAUUGAAGCAGAUUCUAAACAUAAAAAACCUGUUUAUGAAUUGUCUCUUCGUGAAAAACCAUGCGAGCCAUUUGAAAUCGGUGAUCGCAUUAUAGGAUUUUUUGAUAAAGUUGAUGAAAAAACAAGAGGUUCAUGGUUUUAUUUAUCACUUCAUUUACGUGGUUAUGUUCCACCGGAAUUUAUAUCAAAACAGUUAACUACAGGACAAUGUUCAGAUUUAACAAUCAUGAAUAAAAUAGUUAAUGACAAAGGUGAACAUUAUACAUUAUCAAUGUUUGAUAAUAAUCAAUCAGACUCAAAUAUUGUUUUUGCGCAAUUUAAAGAAUUAAAAUCAGCAAAUGAAUUUCAUUUUAAUAUUACAAAAGACGAUGAAAAUUAUCAAGGGAUAUUAGUAGCAACUGAUGUUUCUGAUGUCUUUGAAAAUUUUGUUUUUUGGAAUUAUUUAAUGAAUGUUAAACCUCCAGUGUUAAUCAAUGGUCAAUUACAUAUGAAAAAAGAAUUGUGGAAAUUUAAAAAUAAAACGAUACGAGCAUUUGUUAAAGAAGAAAAUAAAGAAACGAAACAAAUGAUUUUAUCGACAAGAAAAUCAAAGUUGGAAAAAAAUCAUUUGGAUCUAAUUGAUGAUGAAAUUGAAAAUAUGGAACAAAUUUCAAUAGGUGAUAUUCUUCAUGGUUAUAUCGAUGUAUUAACAAAUCGUCAAAUAACAUUAUUAUUGGGUUCUGGUAAAACAAUUAUGGGACAUGUUGACAAAGUUUUUAAUAGAACAUUGGGUGGACAUUUACGAGAAUAUUUAGAUGUAGGCAUGGUUGUCGAAGCCGUCGUUUUAAAUAUUGACAAAGAAAAAAAGAAAUGUCAAAUGAAAUUAACGGAUCAAUGUAUUCAACAAAUCGUCUCAAAACGUUCGAAAACAAAUCGUCUUUCUAGAGCAAGUAGUUUGAAUGGUUCAAUUGCCGGUGAUGAUGAUCACGAUAUUGACAAUCAAGAAUUACAUGCUAAACUUUUAAAAACAGAUGAUGAAUCGAAAAAAUCAAAUACUCUUGGUAAUGACUUGAAAUUCGAUUGGGAUGAUGAUUUAUCAGCAUUACGUCCUUCAACUGAUGAUAACGAUAUUGAACAAAUGGAUGACUCGAUUUCUUCAAUAAGAAAAAUAAAGAAUGAUUCGCACGUUUCAUCAUCAAAUAAUCAACAACGUACUCAAGAAGAGUAUGAAGCACUUGUUAGACAGGCACCUAAUGAUUCCCAAUUAUGGAUUGAAUAUAUGCAAUUUUAUAUUGAUCAAGCUGAAAUUGAUCGUGCACGAGCUCUAGCCGAACGAGCUUUAGUUAGUAUUUUCUAUCGUGAGGAACGCGAUAAAUUAAAUAUAUGGAUUGCUUAUAUGGGCCUUGAAAAUCGUUAUGGUACACCAGAAAAAGUGAAUGCAAUAUUAACACGAGCUUUAGGUAACUGUGAUGGUGCUAACGUUUAUCAAAGAUUAGCAUGUGAUGUUUAUGAGAAAAACGAACAAUACGAAGAUGCUAAUGCUACAUUUGGAUUAUUGAUAAAAAAAUUUAAUAAAAAUAAACAAGCUUGGCUCGAAUAUAUCAUGUAUCUAUUUCGACGUCAUCAGACUGAACAAGCAAAAACAAUACUUGAUAAAUCGUUUGCAAGUUUAUCAUCAACAGAUCAUGUUGAAAUGAUUAAUAAAUUUGGCCAAUUAGAAUUCAAAUAUGGUGAUAAAGAACGUGCUAAAACUGUUUAUGAAAAAUUACUUGCAAGCUAUCCAAAACGCACUGAUCUCUGGUCGAUUUAUAUUGAUAUGUUGAUCAAAUAUGAUGCAGACCCAUUAAUUGUUGCAAGAUCAAUUUUCGAUCGAGUACUUUCAUUGAAUAUUCCACCGAAGAAAAUGAAAUUCUUAAUUAAAAAAUAUCUUCAAUUUGAAAAACAACAUGGUACAACAGCUGAUGUCAAUCGUGCAAAGGAACGCAUCACUCAAUAUGUCAACACAAAUGAUAAUAAUAAUGAUACAACUAACUCCAAUAUGGAAACCGAUGAGUUAGAUUUUUAA